GUGGUCAUCGGUGAAUCCCCCGUGAGACAGAAAAACACUGCGGGCAGCCUUAGGGAGGAAGUACGCAUGCGCGGAAACUCUAAGCCUGUCUCUGAACUUUCAUUUUGCUCUGGCGUGUUCCCGUAGGCUGUAGCAAAUGAGACAAAAACUAGCCAAACUGUCAACAUGAACUAGCGUCUAAGCAAUAGUUUUAACUUAAUAUGCACCUUUCGAGUGUCAUUCAAAUAUUUAUUAAUAAAUAAAACUCGUAGAAACCAGUUUAGCUAACUGUGCAGCAACAAUGGUGUAGUAAGCUAAGUGUAAACAAUCGACUGUGUGAGAAAGCCCUGGGAAAGACUGAUCUUAAGCAUGGAGCGGUCCGCCCUGAAACAGGGCCAGCUGUUUGGCUCUUGGGAAACCAAGGAAAGGCUUGGGAUGGGAGGCUUUGGACACGUUUACUUAUACCAACAUGUGGAGACAGGGGUGAAAAUUGCUGUGAAACACUGCCGCCUGGACCUGAGUGCUAAGAACAAAGAACGGUGGAGCAGAGAGAUUCAGAUCAUGUCAAAGCUGAACCAUCUGAAUGUUGUUCAGGCCAGAGAAGUUCCUGAGGAGUUGCAUGCCAUCGCUUUAAAUGAUCUACCGCUGCUGGCGAUGGAAUACUGCUCAAGAGGAGAUUUACGCAAGGUGCUGCAUAAACCAGAAAAUUGUUGUGGGUUAAAGGAGAGUGAAGUCCUCUCACUACUUAAAGACAUCGGCUCUGGUAUCCAGUAUCUUCAUGAGAAUAAGAUCAUUCACAGAGAUCUGAAGCCAGAAAACAUAGUUUUACAAGAGAUCGAUGGCAAGCUUGUACAUAAAAUUAUAGACCUGGGGUAUGCAAAAGAUCUGGAUCAAGGCAGUCUCUGCACAUCCUUUGUUGGAACUUUACAGUAUUUGGCUCCAGAGCUGUUUGAGAGCAAACCCUACACUGUAAGUGUGGACUAUUGGAGUUUGGGGACAGUGCUCUUUGAAUGCAUUUGUGGCUUUCGGCCGUUUCUGCACCACAUGCAGCCCGUACAGUGGACAAGCAAAGUCAAAAACAAGGGGCCUAAAGACAUCAUGGCAGUCGAGGACAUGAAUGGUGAAGUUCGAUUUUCAGCACACCUGCCUUAUCCCAACAAUCUUAGCAGUCCGCUGCUGGAACCCAUAGAGUCUCUGCUCCAGAUGCUGUUGCUUUGGGAUCCUUCAACUCGUGGCGGAGGACUGGAUCCGGAAACAAACAAGCCUUACUUUUACUCCGUUCUGCACAAUAUUCUCAGCAUGAAGGUCAUUCACGUCUUGGACAUGACCUCAGCCCAGCUGCACUCUUUAGAUUUGGGGACCGACGAGAGUUUACUCUCUCUGCAGCUUCGCCUCGAAGCACAAACACAAGCGCAUAUUUCCCCACAGAGCCAAGAGCUUCUGCUGGAGACGGGAAACUCCCUCGACCCCCGUAGGCCGCCCAUCCAAUUUCUGCCAGAGGGCUUGCGAGGCUGGGAUAACUCUAUAGUGUUCCUGUUUCACACAAGCCUUAACAAAUACUCCGGACCGCUGACCGCCAGACCUUUGCCAGAGAGCGUCAACUUCAUAGUCAGGGAGACUAAAACACAGCUCCCCCUCUCCACUCUGAGAAAGGUUUGGGCUGAAGCUGUCAGCUAUGUUUGUGGACUGAAAGAGGACUACUUCCGGCUGUAUCAGGGGCAGAGGACUGCCAUGCUGAGUUUGCUGCGUUACAACACCACCUUGACCAAGUACAAGAACGAACUGUUCUCCGAGUCACAUAAACUCCAAGCCAAGCUGGCUUUCUUUAAGACAAGCAUCCAGUAUGAUCUGGAGCAAUACGCCAACCAGAUGAAGAACGGCAUCUCUUCAGAAAAAAUGUGGAAGACGUGGCAAGAAAGUAGAGAAAAGGUUGAUUUAUUAACGAAGGCUGCAGACGUGGGGUUCCUGGAUAAAGAGAUUCUGGGCUUGCAUAAUGAGAUUGUGGAGCUGCAGAGGAGUCCAUAUGCCAGAAGACAAGGAGAUGUAAUGGAACAGCUGGAAAAAAAGGCGAUUGAACUCUACAGGCAACUGAAGGCUAAAUGUAAAAGUCCUGACCCGCCUCAUGGUUACAGUGACAGCUCAGAUAUGGUGAAAACAAUCCUUCAGACAGUUCAGAACCAGGACAGAGUGCUGAAAGAUCUGUACACUCACCUGAGUACCAUUCUAGUGUGUAAGCAACAUAUUGUGGAUUUGUUCCCUCAUCUGGAAAAAGCCCUGGGGGAUAUAAAAGCUACAGAAAACACUGUGAUACAAAUGCAAAAGAGGAGACAAAAGGAGUUCUGGUAUCUUCUUAAGGUUGCCUGUGAACAGAACAACUCUCCAGUGUCGUCACAACAUCCCUCUGAUUGUGAAACUGUUGGCCAGCUGCUCAAUGAAAAUCAGCGGUAUCUGAGUCAUCUGACUUCUCUCAUGCAAGAUGCUGCUCAGAGCAUGGAGCACAGUGUAAUGGAUCAAGACUGGAGCUGGACUCAGUCUGGAGCAGUGAAGGUCCAGUCUCAGAAGCCAUGAAAACUUUCCAAAGAUUACAAUGUCUGGCAUAUCAGAAACACUCUAUGUGUGCCUAUACAUUAUCCUCUUUGACAAUAACGUAUAAAAAGUGUUUUUAAGCUGUCCAUGAAAAAAUGUUAACAUAUUUAAUGAGUGUUUUGUCCUUAAAUAUUAAACAUAUUUAUUUUCAGAUGAAUCAAAGUGCAUUAUUUUUGUUAAAAGAAUGUGUUAACAAUGGAAGGUGACCUGACGUUUUUAUAAAGGUGUUAAACACAAACA